AUGUCCACUGCCCCGUCUUCAAUCACAUCCUCCGAAUUUGUUGCUGAGGAUGAAGAUCAGCAGCAGUCUUCAGUGACUACAAGCGAAAAUUGUCAUCCUCAUCAUUAUCAGCAGCAGCAACAUCAGCCAAAUCGUCGAAAAAACGCCAAUAUGUCUAGUGAUCAGCAACAACAGCAGUUGAUGUUCCAGCAACAACAGCUGUCUAAGCAAAACUCUAUCAGUAAUGGAAAUGGAAAUGGUGAAGAAGAGGUGGAGUCCAAGGAAAAGGUCAGCAACCAAAGAGGAAAAAGAUCAUCAAAAGAAGCGUUUCACAAAAAUGGUUUAAGCGAAGUACAG